UGAUGGAUAGGCAUCUUUCAGGGCCUGCACUUGUUAAAGCUAGUAUGCCUUCUGUUAAACGUGUCAUUUUUGAGCUUUCGGACGUUUUUGUUAUAACAUAAUAAAUCUUACUGUCUUAUUUGCACUUUGUUUGUUUAAUUUUUUUUUUAAUUAUUUUUUUUAACUGGUGCAGUUCAGCUUCUACACCAGUAGGUGUCAGAAGCUGUCGGCGGAAGUGAAACUUCUCGCUUUGCUUAGAAACAGGCUGCAUCGCCACAAGGCAUCCAUAUCUGAGAAAUAAUUGCACAGAGCUAAAGUGCCUUUGAAUGCACCAUGAAGCCGCAGCCCGCUGAGGCUGCGCUGUCUCUGCAAGAGGAACUUAUUGCAGCGAUACACGGAGCAUUUGAAGUGGCAGUGGAGAUCGCAGUUCGAGAGGUGACGAAGCUUGUGGGUCCGGCAACAGGAGACGUGUAUGGAAAGAUGCGACGAGAGAACGAGUCCCUCAAACAAAGACUGCAGAGAGCUGAAGCCAUGCUGGACUGUGCGCGCAGGGAGGACAGAGGUGGCAGCUCCCCUCCUCAUAAAAAGCAACUCCUGAACGCCGCCAGCCAUGCAGAUCGACCGCCUCACCCUAAAUACAAUCAAAAAAGCCCAAAUCCCAAAGUAGACAAUGUGCACUGUUGCACGGGGGUCAGAGGUGACACUCCUCCUGCAGGUCACAGCCGUGCAGAGCAGCCUCCUGACCCCCAGCAGAAACACGUGAGCAGAAACGAAGAGCAGAGAUCAGGAGAGGAUGAAAAGACGCAGCAUGUCAGCGAUGCAGCUUCAGACCCAGAGAAAAACGAAUAUGUUGUAGCUUGUGAUGCCUUGAUUAAAGAAGUUAGUGAAGAGAUUUCCCGUGUAUGUGUGAUGAGGGUAGAAAGCAUUAACCAGCCAUGUCGAGAGCUGGCAGUUCAAGACCCCGACUCUCCACCGCUUCCCAGUGGGGAUAACAAGUCCACUUUAGAUCAGGUUACAGUAAAGCAGGAGAAGCCAGAAGAGGAGAGAGAUGGUUCAGUCUGCUGUUUAGACCUGAUCAAAGUGGAGGACUUUAGCCCGGAGUGUAUGUCAGCGGUCCAGUCCAAAAUGCUGGAGGAGUGGAAACCAGAAGUGCUGGAUAUUCAGAGCCAAGACUCAAACACUCCUCUGUCCUGCACCGGGCUGGCUGAGGCUCAUCCUUCCAACCUGGCCACCAACCUCUCACCACCAACAGAUCUUCCAUCCCUCUCCUCAGAGUUCCCAAACAUCUUCCAGCUGGCAGAACCAGCUCCCAUCCCAGAAGCCCCGCCACAAGUUUAUGGAGUCCACGUACGGACCAGCCGCAACCUCGGCCACACCUUCACCAACCUCUAUGCCUGCAAGUCCUGUGGUCAGACGUUCCACCUGCCCAGCUUGCUGCGGCGGCACUACAGCCAGUGCCAGCAGAAGCUCCAGCAGUGUUGUCGGCAGCCCGUAGCAGGAAGCAAGAGGACCAGACUGCAGCUUUACCCGCCGGGCUGCAGCCCCUUCCGCUGCACAGUGUGCAACCGAGAGUUCAACCGCAUGGAGAACCUCAAGACACACCUUCGCAUCCACACGGGAGAGAGGCCGUACACCUGCUCAGUCUGCUCCAAGUGUUUCCGUCACUCUGGGGCAUUAACCAGGCACUUCCGUAUCCACACCGGAGAGAAGCCUUACAUCUGCGGACAGUGUGGGAAGUCUUUCAGAAACUGUGGGGGGCUCAAAUUCCACCAGCGUUCACACAGCAAGCAGCUACAGUAGAGUGGGACUCAGCAGUGUUAAGGUCUUCAAGAUCCCAAUUUUUUAAUGUGAGAUGUAAACAGCUUUUUUUUUAUGUAAAAAAAAAAAGGGGUUUUCCAAACUGCCAGCCCUGAAGCUGUUGAAUGAAAUAGUCUGGAUAGACAUGUGGUAUAUCCCUUAUGUAUCCCUGAUAGACAGCCCAUGAGGGCCUCAAGAUUUGGGCUUUAUAAUGCUAAACAGAAAAAGUAGCAUUUUACAGUCUUUUGAAUUAUAGUUCAGGAAUCAGAUAUAAAACUUAAAGUACAAAGCUAAUUAAUGUUAGCUAAUGAAUGAAGAGGUGGAGCAUAUGUGGCUGCUAUCUGGCUUUUAUCUGGCUAAUAUCUGCUCUUUGAGACAUUAAUGGUCCACUUCUAUUGGUCUAACUUUAAAUGAUUGUCUGGCUUUUACAUAAACUGUCAGGUAAUAGGUGACCACUCCAUAACACGGUCUCUCUUGUCUGUACUGUUGCACCUUUUUCUACCAGGUCUUUCCUUUUGAGAUAGCAGGUAUUGUUUUUAAGAGCUCUCACCCAGAAAGCAGCAUCUCAACAAGUUACAGGACCAGUCAAGUGCUUCAUAUUGAGGUCAAACUAUAAAUGAUUCUGUUACUGAAACAAAUUUGACUAGCUUUAUUUCAGUGUUAAUGUUAUAUAAAUCGGUGUCCUUUCAUUAGUAGAUACGGACCAAGUAGAAAGAUAAAGUAUACAGUAGCUAUGUGAUCAGUCACUUAAAGUUAACCAUUUAGCUACAUACUGUAUAUGAUGGCUCAGUAGGGAUUCGUGAUAUGAAAUGUGUGAAACCUUUCAGUGCCAGUUUCUAACUUGUUUUAUGAUGGUUAUUAAAUGGUUAUUAGAUGGUUUCUUUUUCAUGGCAAUAUCAUUUUUCAAAUUAUUUAAUUGUGUGCCUAAUGUAUCCAAAUAUUUUGACUAUACUGUGUGGAAAAUACUUUCAUUUGAUUAAUAAAAAGUAUGAAAAUUGC